AGGAUUGGGUGAGUUGGAAGGGUAGAAGGAGUAUGAGAGAGAGAUAGAGAGAUAGAUAGAUAGAGAGAAAUAGAGAGAGAGAGAGAGGGAAGAAGAGAGAUUGGGAGGGUGGUGAAAGCAAGCUAUUUCUCAGCUUCAACAGCAGGGCUUUUCUUCGCGAGAAUAUAUCGACACGUCAGGAACACACUGGCCCGUUUACAAUAUCCGCGUAUAGGAGGCCGUGUGCGCGCCUAUAUUUUGACCAUCUCUCGCGCGUCAUCCGAAGGGUGCCGAGAACGUCGUCGAUCGCGUCCUUGGAUCCUUUCCUUAUCAUUUCCGAUAACUGAAGAGAAAGAAAGAGAGAAGAAAGAAAAAAUAAGGACGAAGUCACGAGUUUGUUACCCUGACCUUUUCUUUUCUCGAAUGAUAUUUUCUUAUUGAAAAAAGAAAAAGUAAAAAAAAAAAAAAAAGAAGAAGAAAAGAAAAUUUCUCGAAGUUCAUAUCACACCAUGACCUUACCUAGACGAAUAAGAAAUGUAAGGGUCAAUGAGAUUACGUGGUUAUUUUUUAUUUUUUGAUUUUUUUUUUUGAUUUUUCAUGAUGAUAUGAAUAUGAAGGAUAUGAUAUGGUUUUUUUCGUGAAAAUGACCUUUUUUAAUAUGAUAUUUUCUGAUUCAAAUAUUUCGAUGAUUUGUAUAAUUUUAUAGUCUUGUUAUAAUUAUAACUCAAUGUUAUUGAGAUCAGAUAUUUUGGUUCCGUUGAAACACGACGGAUUUGAGUCUUCAGCAUUGGACUUGUUUCUUUGCAGGAAGUUUUAAAAAAUCUUUUCAAAGUGCCUAGAUAUUUUUGGAAUAUAUAUGUCUGCAUAGAUAUGUGCGAUAGGGUAUUUUUGAAUUGACAUGCAUAUAUACACAUACACGUACGUUGAUAACUAUAUGAGAAAAAGAUAAAAAAGAGAAAAAUGUACAAACCAUUAUAAAAUUACAUACCUAGUCAAGCUGACGUCUAAUUCAGAAACACUUCGUGUGUUUCAUUCACAGUACACAGAAUCCACCUGUUCUUGUCCCAAGCGUUACAUGAAACCUCGAGCGCAGCAGCAUCUACCAAUUUCCAGUCGAAAACUCUCGCGAUCUCUGAUUGUUCAACUUGAAAGCUUUUCGACGUAUGUUAAAAAAAACAAAAAAAUGAAAAAUUAAUUAUAUUACCCCCCCAAAAAAAACAAAAAAAAACAUUCAUUAGUUUCAAUAUUUUUCAUGAUAAUUCGAUCAAUCUUAUUUAAAAACUAAAUCUUCUUUAAAAACGAUCAUAAUUAUAAUAAUGAUCCAACAAAGCAAAACUUCGUAUUAAUCGUCAAUAAUGACGAUAGCUUGUUCAAUCAAAUCAAAUUCAUUCUUAAUUUUAUUCUUUUACAAGUUUAUUUUAAUUUAUAUGAGAAAAUCACUUCUCAAUUAAUCCACUUUAAAAACUAAGUCUCAGAACGACAAUAAUCAUAAUCAUAAUCAUAAUCAUAAUCAUAAUCAUAAUCUCUAACAAAAUGAAAGGAAGUCUAAGAACGUAAAUCAAAGUGGUGCGGACCAUUCGGUGAGAAUUUCUAUCACUAUUUCGGUACAACGAGUUCCCCUUAAGCGACAUAGUGUGUCUGGGAGUUAAAGAAGAAGAAGAAGAAGAUGAAGAAGAAGAAGAAGAAGAAGAAGAAGAAGAAGAAGAAGAAGAAGAAGGUAAAGAAGAUGAAGAAGAAGAAGAAGAAGAAGAAGAAGGUAAAGAAGAUGAAGAAGAAGAAGAAGAAGAAGAAUAAGAGAAAAUGAAGAAAAAGAAAAAGAUGAAAAGGAAGAGGAGGACAGAGAAGAAAAGAGGAGAAGAAAUGUGUAUUGCAGGUUGAGACCAGCCGGAGGUUCCCUGCUGAAGGUUGGCAAACCAUCUCUUUCUCCUCUUCUUCUUCGGUCUCCCUCCAUCUCUCCCUCUCUUCACCAUCAUCCUUCCCUCCUCUUCCUUUGCCGCCACCACUUCGUCCUUUCGGUUCACUCGCGGAGACAUUCAGUCGGCUACCGACAGCCGUGCGCGUAUCACGUUCUGUUCUUUUCAUUCGUGUUUUCAUAUUCGAAUGUCAUUUUAAUCUUCGCAACAGAAAUAGAAAGAGAAAGAUAUAUAUAUAUAUAUAUAUAUGCUUCAAAAAAAAAAGAUUAUUUUCUAAUUUUUCACGAAUAUAUAAUAUUCCAUCGAUUUUAUCAUUUUAGCAUCACGGGUAUUAUCUUUUUUGAUUAAAAAAAAAAAGAGAGAGAGAGAGAACUGGAUCAUUUGCUGUUCCUAUUCUCGAAAAUUGAAUUUGGGUUAGUGUUAUUUUUAAAAAAGCAAAGUAAAUAAAUAAAUAAAUAAAUAAAGUGCACUAUGAAGUAGAUCGGUGAGAUAAUUUGACUGUCCGAUGACAUUCAAGUGAUUAACAAUUAUUCGAGUCAGUGAUUAUUAUUUUGUUUUUCAUCUUUUUUUUUGUUUUCCUUUCUCGCUUUCUAUUUGAUCUUGGAAAGAAUUGCUGGAUUUUUUGGAAACUUCAAAACUGACUCGGAAAUCGCGUCGAUCAAAGCACAGGUCGAGAGGGUCGAGCGGUACCGCUAGCAUGAAAGUGGACGGUGGAGUGGCUAGUACGACGGUCCUUCAGAAAGUCAAGGUUAAGGAAGAGGCAAAGGAAUGUUGCGGCUUUCAGCAGGUCUCAGUAACAUCAGGGGGAUCGAGUGGGACGAGCGUGGUUGUCGUCGUUUCAACGGUGACAGCGACGUCGACGACCGUCAUUGCAACGACAUCCAGCAAUUGCAACAGCAAUGGUCUGACCACCGUGGGAAUAGCAGCCACCAUUGCAAGUACCCCUACAACCACUACUGUACCUACCACGUCCUCGACCUCGAAUGCUCUUCAAAGCUCUGCCAUUAUCUGCCAUCCGUCUACCCCAAUAGCCGCUGUGGCCAGUAGUACGGCUCAGACACCUGAACCUUUGCCGGUAGACCUCGACCUCAAGAGUAAAAAUAAGGCGAGUCCUACCAGCAGAGAUAAAACAACGAGGGAAGAGAAUAAUCAUCCUGAGGCACUCUCACCGUCUUCUCAACAUCAUCAAAGACAUGGCUUACCAACUACCAACACACCGCAAACUCAAACCAAUGGUUCUCGGUCGGAGUACAAAGGUCAGUUGGGUUGCUCCAGGUCAUCGGACAACGAUAGUCCCAUGUCUUCGCAUCCUCUCAAACCUGAUCUCGAGGAAUCCACUGGAGGAACGUCAACCGGAACAUCAGCUGGUUCGACCUCUACCGUUACUGCCUCUACCACAGGUGGACCUUCGGCCACUUGCAGAAAUGAGGAACAGGUAGAGGCCAGUCCACUUCUGUCAAAUGGCGUCAGGUGUAUCACUGGGGUCUUUGCUGGUCAUGGAAAACUCAAAAGGCUACUUGGUACGCUCGUACAAUUUGCAACUGAUAUAUCAGCCGACACUGGAGAUACUGUACGGACCUUGGUACUUGCUCUAUUGAGUGGUACUAUGACUGCCGAAGAAUUUCACUCUGCUUUGCAAGAAGCUACGAACUUUCCAUUGAGGGGAUUCGUUUUGCCAUACUUGAAACAUACUUUACCAUCCUUACAAAGGGAUUUGAACACUGCUGCUAGAGCUAAUAAUCAGACAUGUGCACAAUUCCUGCGAAAUAACGAAACAGCCAUUUUGGAGGCGGUCGGCUUGGUACCAUCGGGCGAAUCCGUGGAAAUUUUUGGAGAACAUGGUAGUAGCGGUCUUGGAAGUGGAAACGCUGGUAACCAGUGUCCCGCGUAUUAUUCGAUGCGCUCUAGCUCUAAUCCGAAUGUCGGCGCCAUUCAACACGCAAACAAUACCACGAACGCUUUGCACCAUUACUCUGGCUCCUCUCAUGCACCGAAACGUCGUGCUUCAGACACUCCGUACUAUGAAAACGGUACCCUACUCGAGGAUGUACCAGUUUACGGUAAAAGAUCUAAUCCAUGGAGUGCCCAUCAUCAACAACAACAACAACAACAACAACAACAACAACAACAACAACAACAACAACAACAACAACAACAACAACAUCAGCAACAACAGCAACAAUCACAACAAACGGAAAAUUCAUCAUCCUAUUGUUGGUAUCACCCUCUUCACGCAGCGGGUGGAUCCAUUCAAGGCCAUGGACACGGACAUGGUCACGGGCCUAGUCCGGUACCACCGAGCCUAGUCCAAAUUAACCAGAUAAAUGCUUUCUCGGCUCCCCAUCAUUUGUCCCAACAGCAACAGCAGCUGAGUCACGUUCAAAACGGUUCUAGCCUCGACGACGAAUGGAAGAACAUUCAUGUGAUGUUGAACUGUAUUCUUGGCAUGGUAGAAAAGACGAAGAGAGCUUUGGCUAUUCUUCAAAGACGUGGCUGUUCCAGUCCUGCUGCGACACCUAUACCACCGCCAAACGUAGUCGCACAGAAUGGUAAUGCCAACAAUACUACUGGCAAUAAUCCUUCGACCAAUGGUGCUCAAGUAGAAUCUUCAACGGGUGAUAGAGAUGGUAGCUUAAAACGUUUGUCUGGAGAAAUUGUCGCUCAGACAAUCAGGGCUACCGAGGAUAGGGUUGCCGAGGUGAAAAGAAGAGCAGAGGAAGCCGUGUUAGAAGUAAAAAGAGCAGCUGUUGCUGAAGUUCAAAGAGCAGUUGCAGUAGCGGUUGCCGAAUCGAGAGCGAGCGAACGUCUGAGAGUACACAGACUUUUGGACUUACCACUAUCUCAAAGAAGUCACGUUGGUGUUCGUCAAGCUUCAUUCGUUAGGGUUCACGGAAGUCCCAACGUAGUCGAGACCAGUGGUAGAACUGCUCCAACACCUACAACUACUUCUAAUUCGGCACCGUCCACUACCGAAGAUGACAAGGAUGCACAUUUGACUAAUAUAGUAGGAUCAAGCUGUUGGAAUUGUGGCAGACCAGCGUUGGAAACUUGCGGCGGAUGUGGAAUCGCAAGAUAUUGCGGUUCCUUUUGUCAACAUCGCGAUUGGGAGGCUGGUGGACAUCAUGCAACGUGCAAUAAUCCUUUACCACGAGAACCUCGAAGAUCAUCUUCGCGUAGUCCACCUAGAAUUGGUACAGCUAACGUCACUGGAAGUAUCAAUGACGCAGAAGGUUCAACCGUGUCGGCCACAGCAAAUACCAUCUCCAAAGGGAAGUGACGACAUGAGGGAAAGAGUCACGUGCCAUUACGAUUAGCCAGACCGAUCUAUUUCGAUCCACGCUGAUGUUCCCUCACAGAAGACUCGGAGACUUCUUACUUAAUUAUCGACUCUAUUAUACUUUCCAUAUUCGCUUUCAUAUUUUUGUUCUCUUUUUUUUUCUUCUUCAAAAAUUUUGUUGAUUUUGUUGAUCUUCGAAGUAUGGAUUGUUUAGAAUACGAUUUAUACAAGGAUGCAUUUUAUUAUCAUAAUGAUUUGUUCUUAUCAUUAGAAGAAUUUGUUAAUAUUUUUAUGUUAUAUAUCGAAGAAAAACUAUAUAUUGAAAAUGUUGAGUAAUCGAAUAAGUUGUGACUCGCUUUGUAAGGUCAUCUUGAUAGCGAUCAAUUGGAAAAGAGAAUAAUCCUUGUAUAGUUCUUGUAAAUAUCACGUUAAUGAAAUGUAAUAGAAAUGUGUGAACGUAUUCGAAUACGUAUGACGUUUGUUGGGUAUGAUGAGCGUCCUAGGCUUGUACCAUUGUUCAUCUGUGUUGCUAAUUCAUAGUCAAUAAUUCACAUUGAAUGUGCAUGCACUUGGUACGAAAAAUUGGUGUAAAAUUUCUGCUAUUCAAUUAUCGAU